GGAUGGAGAAUGCCGGACUUUGAGGAGAAAACGAUUCGCCCCAAUUGUAACGUUCAUCGCCAAAUUUUCCGUCAAGAAAUUGAUGUCCUUUGGUAUCGAUACUCUGAUAGAUCACGCCGAACAAGCCAGGACUACUGAGAAACUGGAAACCAUUUUGCAGAUUCUCAAUUCGAUGCAAGAAACACAUGAAAAUUUCCUAAAAAAACUAAACGAACUCAAGGAACUGUCAACUAUACAGGAUGCAGAAAGGGUUGAACGAAGUCUACUUGUUAUUUUUGAACAGUUUGACACAUUCAUUAAGUCUUCUAAAGCGUGCGUGCAGGCAAAUACAACCAACAGCUGUACCCAAACCCUGGAGAACGAAAAAGAAACCCUGAAACUCGAUCUGAGGAGAAUACCAAGCUUGUUAACACAACUUCAUUUGGUAAUCAAGGGGUUGAGCGUAGUAUCUGCAGGGCGAAACUCUGGCCUAGCAUGUGAUUUUGUUAGACACGUUCUCAGGGAACUUCAAUCAGCCACAACACAAAACUACAAUCUUACACGAAGCCUGGACGAUAUCAGCAAUUACAAGGACGAACUGAUAAAACUCCAGGUUAACUCCUAUCAGCUGUACAACCUAACCUGUACUUCAAACAACCCAACCUGUUCUGUAGUGAGGACAAAAUUGGAGGAUCACUUACGAGAUCAAGACGAAAGAUUUCAGAGUUGCACGCCUCAGUUUUUCUCCCAGCUGCAGAACAUAAACAUCGUCCAUCCUAAAACCGGCACAGUUUUGUUUACCAAUCAGAAGUAUUCUAUUGUGAUCGAUGGUACUUUUGAUUGGGACAAAAUCGACAAACCGCAAGAUGCAGGACUGCGAUGUCCAAAGGGAGAUUCUAGUGAGGUAUUCUCUUGGGAGGAUGCAUCGCCCGAUAGAAGAUCUGGCUUUUACCUGAGACAGAAGAGUGGAUGCUAUUUGAGUUUCGAUAGACCAUUUCUGAACUAUGAGAAAGUGUUUCCAACUUUGUGGACAGACAAUGAUAAGAUAGACAGGAAAGAGUUCCUGAUUUGUAAACCCUCCAAACACGAUGCGGUAACAAUUCUGAUAACAGCUACAGCUGAAGCAGACUCUGACACAACAUACAGCUUCAAAGAAGUAGAUACUGGAAAAUACUUGAACGUCCGCGCUGAACAAACAAGUGUUUAUGAUGAGAUUAACAGGAGGCUGAACUUGGUACUCUUUCUCCACAAAGACCAGUUCUACUGGAAACAGGCACUGAGUGGAUCAAAUAAAGGAACAUGCGAUGAAGCAUCAACUGUUGCAGCAACAGACACAUCCGAUGGAAGCUACCUCGGACUAUACAUCGGAAUAGCCGUCGGCGUGGUUGCCCUAAUACUUAUUAUAGUGUGUUGUUGCUGUUGUUGCUGUAGCCACUAAUCGACUCCCAAACCCAACAAUAAAGAUAUAUCCAGCUAGAUAUUUUAACUUUGAUCCUUAAGUUUCGAAAAGGUAGGUAGGGUAAAUGUUGAUAUUAAUAUUUAUCCCUGAAACAAGAAGGAUCGUCGACGUUUCUUGUGGGCAAUAUUAUGUUU